UUAAUUUUCCAGUUUUCUGGGUCAGAAUAACAGUUUCACCCUUCUACACUAGAGAGUAGACUGAAGAUACAUUACUCGAAAAAGGGUGCUGGGAAAACAUCAAAUUACUCCUUCAUCACCCAUAAUUAUUUUCUACGCUUGAAUUUCAAAUCAAGAUCCUUAUGCGAUGAGAGGGAUGGAAGUUGCUAAAUGAAGCACACUCAGUCCCUGCCUCUUUCAGGCUCUCAGCUAAUGAUUCUCCCUUCUGGUUCUGAAGAUUAUGCAGAGGCUGCACCUUGAUGGGUUGCUGAUAUAUCAUUAUGGUCGUGAUGGUUUCUGUUUUCCGCCAUAGGGUUCUUACUAUCACUAAUAUCUUUCUUUCAAUUGGCAAACCCACCAAGCGCCUAUUCAGCCAUCAGUUAGUGGUCGAUGACCCGAAUCGUAAAGUGGCAAGUUCUUUCUGUGAUUCUCUCCGUGAAGGCUUGAAUUGGGAUUCCUUGAGCAGAAAAUAUGAUUCAGCGAGUUUGGAUGAUCCUAUUAUUGAGAAAGUACUUCUUGAAUUCAAGGAACCCAUUGAGGCAAAACGAGCUCUGAACUUUUUUCAUUGGGUUGCACAUAACAACAAGAUUGGCCAUAGACUUAAGCAUUACUGCAUCACCAUUCAUAUUUUAGCUCGUGCACGUUUAGUAAAUGACGCCCGCAGUUUGUUAGAAUCCAUUUUGCUGAGAUAUGAUGAGAUUGAGGUAAAUAGUUCUUUGAGAUUUCAUAUAGUUGAUAUGCUACUGGAUACUUACAAGAUAACCAACUCAUGCCCAUUUGUGUUUGACUUGUUGGUGCAAUCUUAUAGCAAGUUAAGGAUGUAUAAUGCUGCCUUUGAUGUUUGUUGUUACUUGGACGAGUGCGGAUUCUCUUUGAGUCUCGUCACCUUCAACACUUUGCUUCAUGUCAUACAAAAAUCACCAGAUGGCAGCAAUCUGAUAUGGGAGGUUUAUGGCCAUAUGAUUCAGAAAAGAACAAACCCAAAUGAUGCAACAUUAAGAAUAAUGAUCAAUGCUUUGUGUAAGGCAGGAGAGCUGCAGAAAUAUAUGGACAUAGUAUUUAGAAUUCAUGGCAAAGGGUGCUCUCCUAUGGUGGCUGUGAACACUAGUUUGGUUUUCAGGAUGUUAGGGGAGGGGAGAAUUGAGAAAGGACUUGUUUUACUGAAAAGGCUGUUACAGAAUAAGCUGCUGCUUGAUGAUGUUUCUUACUCAUUGGUUGUUUAUGCUAGACUAAGAAGCGGAGAACUAGACUUGGCACGAGAAGUGUAUGAACAAAUGCUGAGUAGCGGUUUUCUUCCCAAUUCAUUUAUUUAUACUCUUUUUAUUGGAGGCUAUUGUGAGGAGGGAAUGGUUGAAGAGGCGCUGAAAUUGAUGGAUGAAAUGGUAAACUUGGGGCUAAAGCCAUAUGAUGAUACUUAUAAUUCUCUUAUAAUGGCUUGUGCUAAUGUAGGGGCCUUAGGGGACAGUUAUCGACUUUGUGUAGAAAUGUCCGAAAAAGGUUUUCUCCCUAGUACUACAGCUUUUAAUGAGAUGGUAGGAAAGCUAUGUCAAUCAGGAAAUAUGAAGCAGGCCAAUGAUAUACUAACUGUUUUGAUGGAGAAAGGGUAUUUGCCCGAUGAAACAACAUUCCUUCAUCUGAUUGAUGGCUAUGGAAGAGAGAGCAACUUUCAGGAGGUUCUGAAAUUAUACUAUGAAAUGGAAUUUAGGUCAUUGUCUCCUGGAUUACCAGUCUUCACAUCACUGAUCAAGACUUUGUGUAAAUGCAGAAAGCUGGAAAAAGCAGAUAAGUAUUUGACCAUCAUGAAAAAACAGUCGCUUAACCCAACCAUAUGCAUAUAUGAAUCACUGAUAUCUGCUCACCUUGAAAAUGGCAAUACAGAAAGGGCUCAUCAUCUUUACCACGAGAUGAUUCAGAUUGAGGCUUAAUCAACUAUCGGCCUUCAGUUUGCUGAAUUAUUUUUCAGUUUUUCAUGUCUUGCCCACUUGGAGGUUGCUAAAAACUUACAAACCCAUCAACAUCUUUUGUUUUCCUCUGCUUAUUUAUGCAUUACUGGAAGCAAAAAAUAUUGACAGGAGAGGCUUUUUCCAUGUGCAAAUGUCAAAUGAUAUGACUGAGACCUGAGUUUUCAGCUGGGUCGGCUGGCCCUUAGUGCUUGUCAAGGACGUUAACAGAUGGUAUCUGUGUUUUUUCCCCUCAUCUUUUCACGAGUCGAAUUGUAUGUCAUAUACUAGUAUGAACAGUAAAGAUUGCGGUUAGUGUUUGUGAUCACAGAAUUGCUCAUUGGGCCCGGAUAGUGAAGUUUAUUAGAGCCUUAGAGGUGCUUUUUUAUUGGAUAUGACGGUUUUACUUAGAUGAUCAAAGGAAAGGAUAUGAUAGUGAAAGUGACACCAAACUGGCAAUCACAUCAGUUUGACACCGAGGAACUAUAUGUUGAGAUGUGCUUGGAUGACACUCAAUGUGAGCUUUGUACAUGUUUGUCAUUGUGCUUUCCUUCAACGUUGCUGUAAUCGUGGUUUGAAUAAUGAAACUUGUUCUGCCCUUCUGCUCUUAAGUCUUAAGUGCCCUUCAGAUUUUCUCUUUUCCUUUUCCCCCUCUUUUACACCAAAUGAUGAUGCGUUUUAAACUUUUGUGCCUUUUGCUAUGUGAAAAGGUAGAAUUCGCCGAAAUACAUCUCUGUGAGUUUACAUUUGUUUUCGGUCAUUCCAAGCAUUUUCUCCGUACCUUAAAACUUAUGUUGCAAAGGAUGGAAAAAUUCAUGAUAAUCAGUAUCUAUGAUAGCAGGGGAGGUCGGAAUUAAAAUAAUACCCUGUAAAGUAUUGUUGCUGCGCCAACCCGGAGCAAAAGACAUUAUACUGGUCAGCAUUAGUGGGCUUUCAGGUUCCAGUCAAUAAAGAGUCAAGACGAAAGAGAAGUACUAGUUAAGGGGUUCAACUGCUGCCCUUACAAUAUUCAUUUUGCUAGUGGCAACGUUAAACAAAACUUGCAAAGUACAAUUCUUCAGCCAUCAUAAUCGACUGAGUCCUUUGUGCAUCAUGUGGUCAUGUUGUGUGUUUUUUUGCGAAGGGGACCAUUUGAAUAAUUGAAUAUGAUAUACUCGUAGAAGUUUGCGAGGAGGUAAUUGAUCUUUCGCUAGUUAAGGUUUCUUAUAGUAUGAAGCUGUUUGACUUCUACAUAAUCAAUACCGGAGUACUGUGCCUUUUAGCGAAAUAAAAGAGCCACUAUAGACAUAAAUGUAGACGGGAUUCAAUCUCAUGUUUUUGGCUCCAACUUCUUGAUACAUCAAACUAUCUAAUGCUCUAUCAAGAAUGCCAACUACAUUGAGUAAGUUGAAACUCCUAUCAACUAUACCAAAUAUUACUCGCUAUCGAGUCCCGCUCUUUAUGUAUAUUCACAUAUUGUAUUCUUUUAA